UGUAAGGAUUCCAUAUCCUCUGCACCCCGACUAACACUUCAUAAUAAAAUUCAGGACUUAUGUCCGACAUCCGCGUGACUCAUUGAUGCGAACAAGCAUCACGCUUCGCGUCCGAGUCACGCGGACACAUUCUCUUUCCUUACCUUCACCCUCUCGUUAUGCUCAACAACGAGCUCGGUCUUUCACCCUUAUUCAUAACUAUACCCUGGACUUAUCACCAAACCAUCUCUUGUCAUUUCAGCUUAGUUUCAUUCCUUCGCCCCAAAAACAGUCAAACACCAAAUGCUUCUCGUCAUUCCUGUGCACGGCGAGCUGCCUAUUACUAUCUUUUAUUCAAAACUAACAUACAUUCACUCAUUUCUGUUACUUUUACCCUGUCAGGCUCAACACCACCACUCUCCGUCUCCCUGAAAACUUCACUUUCGUAAACAAGGACCCUUACUCUCGUGUACUUAAAAAACGGCCUUGUACGCUUACUUUGAACAUUGGUUGCUUUCCCC